AGCACUGGUCAGCGUACUAAACAAGAAGGAAAUAAACUUGGCAUGGCUUCCAGCCAGAUCUUCAGUACACCCACAAGAAAAACAUGUAAAACAGAGGAGAAGCAGAAGAAGUAAGGGUGAGAAGAAGGCUGUAAAACUAAAACAGUACUGCAAGAAGAAGAAACAGAGAAGGUUGCAAGGCUGAAAGCGGUGGCGAUAACAUUUUCUUGGCUUUUUUCUUUUUUAGUGGGAUUGAGAUCCUGCUUGCAUCAUCCCAACACUACUGCACUCGAGUGUUCUUCUAUGUCACCACCAAAAAAGCACUGGAGACUUGACAAAUGACAAGUAGGUGUCGUAUACAGAGACAGAGCACAAAAAACUGAAAUCUACUACUAGUGUACUACUUAUAGAUACAAUACAUACAUACAGUCAUACAGGCUCUGAGACUUAUCCAAACCACAAAGACCAAAUACUCUUUCACAGAAAAAUCAUAUGGCUCCUAAAGCAAGGACUUGCCGGAGUAGAGUGGGGCCUAAUUGGGACCAUCACCGGCCAUCGAGGCGUAGACACUCAUAUUUUUUCAAGAUAAUACUGCCUUCCACCAUGCGUGAUAUGAAACUGAGGCUGCCUGAAAAGUUUGUAAGGGAAUAUGGGAAUAAACUCUCCAGUGUUGCUACACUCACUGCUCCUAAUGGUAGCAUUUGGCAAGUAAGAUUGGAGAAGGCUAACAAUAAUAUUUGGUUUUGUGGCGGUUGGCGGGAUUUUGUAGAUUAUCAUUCUAUCGAUUAUGGGUAUUUCUUAGUCUUCAAAUACAAGGGGAACUCAAAAUUCCAUGUUCUUGUGUUUGAUAUGACCGCUACUGAGAUUGAGUAUCCAUCUAAUAGGGAUAAGAAAAGGCAGGGCAAUUUGAAUGAAAAUGAAAUGUCUACUUCACGAGAGUUGUGUGUAAAACAUGAGGUAGAUACAGAAUUGAUUAUUAUAGAAAACUCUCCCAUGUCUUCAACAAGAAGAUCUGUGUCAUCUGGAGGAAGAGAAAGGGCAUUGCAAGCAGCCAGAAUGUUCAAGCCAAAAAAUCCUUCUUUCAUCCGCGUCAUUCAGGCAUAUAAUUUAAAAUUGUCUUAUGUGUAUGUCACCACCGAAUUUGCAAAAAAGUAUGUUCAACGGAAAAUUUCUGUCAAGCUUCAGGCUUCUAGUGGAAAACGCUGGCCCUGCCAGUUUCGUUUCAGAGAUGGUUCAGCUACACCUCAGACAAUCGGCAAUGGAUGGAAAUCAUUUGUUAGAGACAAUGGUAUAAAGGUAGGGGAUGUAUGUGUCUUUGAGUUGAUCAGCAGGGUGAAUGUUGUGCUGAAAGUUUCAAUCUUUCGCAUGGCUGAAUAUGGAUCAAAGGGAAAUUAUUGUUGCUUUCAGCAAUCUAAUGCACAAUCCAAUAUAAUGUGGAUGAUGCAGAAAUCUACUGCCAACCAAAUAUAUGUUGUUCUAACAAGCUUUGAGAAGAGGUUCCCUGAAAAGUUUGUAAGGGAAUAUGGGGAUAAACUUUCCAAUGUUGCUACACUCAUUGUUCCUAAUGGUAGCAUUUGGCAAGUGAGGUUGGAGAAGGCUAACAACAAUAUUUGGUUUCCACUUUUCACUUCUUACUUUUCAAGCUCUCUCUGGUCUCCGGUUUCAAGACUCUUCUCCAGCUGCUCCUGCCAUCACCAUGUCUCUACCUCACUCUCUUUCCACCAUGUCUCUACCUCUAUUGGCUUACUGACGGAGUACCAAUGCCUUAUGUAUGUCAAUUCCGAUUUUCUGACAAGUGACAAGUAUCUUCGUGGGAAAAAACAUGUCAAGCUUCAGGCUUCUAGUGGAAAAUGGUGGCCCUGCCAGUUUUGUUACAAAAAUGGUUCAACUUCACCCAAGAGAAUCGGCAAGGGAUGGAAAUCGUUUGUUAGAGACAAUGGUAUAAAGGUGGGGGAUGCAUGCGUCUUUGAGUUGAUCAAGAGGAUGGAUGUUGUGCUGAAAGUUUCAAUAUUUCGCAUGGCUGAAUAUGCAUGACAAGUAAACCAAUCUUCAAACUCGGACAUUUUGCCUAAGCUUGUGGUAGGUGAUUUUGACGUGAAUCUUAACAAGGUACCUUUUUUCUUUUUGGGAUUUUGAUUACAA